AAAAAAAAAAAAAGAAGAAGAAGACAGAGGAAUACUGACAAUGGCCUGGUGCGCCGCCGCGAGGAGCUUCCAAAUGCCAGCGAUCGAUGUCGGUGUCCUGCGCUCUCGAGCUCCAUUAGCCUUCGGAGCCGGCUGCGCAUCCUUGGCCGGUGCUAACUUCCGCCGUUGUGGCCCAUCGCCAGCCUUCGCUUCUUUAAGCAUUUCAACUGAUGCCGCCGCAGGUAUUAAGGAAGCUGUGAAGACAGAAAAGGCUCCAGCAGCAUUGGGGCCGUAUUCUCAAGCAAUUAAGGCGAAUAAUAUGGUCUUUGUCUCUGGAGUUCUUGGACUGAUUCCAGAGACUGGGAAAUUUGUCUCGGAGGAUGUAGAGGAUCAAACUGAACAGGUACUUAAGAAUAUGGGAGAGAUACUUAAAGCAAGUGGUGCAGACUAUUCUUCAGUUGUAAAGACAACAAUCAUGUUGGCUGAUCUGACAGACUUUAAGAAAGUCAACGAAAUUUAUGCUAAAUAUUUUCCAGCACCAGCGCCAGCUCGAUCCACGUACCAGGUUGCUGCACUGCCAUUGAAUGCACGGAUUGAAAUUGAAUGCAUAGCUGCAAUGUCACAAUAGUGUCAUACGGUUUUUAGUGUAGCUAAAUAAGUCGGAUCUAAGGAAGCCAUUUUAUGUCACAAAGGGAUUCUGGAACUGUACUUUGUGUAUGCUAAAUCAAACUUUUGCAACUUUAAAACCUAAUCAUAAUCUUAUUUCUGCUUGUUUUAUUAUUAACGAAGGGUUAGAGACCUUUUUUCUUAUCUUAUUUGCUUUUUCUGUUUCUUUAAAAGAAAUAGCACGACUCCAUUAAAGGGUCAACCUCAUGAAGAGAAGUGUGAAUUUUUUCCAUAAUUCCUAGUGUUCGGGCAUGAUUUCAUGUUUUACUCCUCUUAUUUACAG